AUGCCACCCAACUGCUCUAUAGCCCGAAUUACGGGACCAAUCCCCAGACCAUGUGCUGCCCCGUCGUCGGGUGUGCACAUUUCCGCCGGCACGGGCGUGAGGACAUUAGUACCAGCCGGCAGUCUGGACCAAGCUCGGAGCCACGAUCGGAACCCAGCGGCGAGGACCACGACGUCAAGCGGGUCCGCCAGGGCUCGGGAACUGAAAUUCUGGGUUGUGAACAAUGCAUUUAUUGACCAGCGAGAGGGAAUGGUUCGUGACUCACGCGCAGCAGUGCAGGACAGACCGGAAUGGGACUUGCCCGGUCCACCGGAAGUCUGUCCAAUGCGCUCUGUGCAGCUGCGGUACUGCAUCCUCCAGGCAGGGUACUCGUCGACUGCAAAGAGGCAACUGGACGAGGCUUCUCAAUCCGGCAAGGGCAAGGCCCAAGUGGACCCGGGACACGUAGAGGUCCACCCAGAUAAGAUUGAUAAAGCGAUGUCGGAACGCUAG